AUGUCUGAGAGCCAGCGCAAGCUGUAUGAUAAAGUCACGGACACGAGUGAAUGGCUUCGUCUGAAUGAUUAUGAAAUUGGCGAUGUUGGAGCACAAGUGGUUGCUGAGGCACUCAAAGUGAACACGACAGUGACGCACCUCAAAUUGCGUCAGAAUCAGAUUGGCGACGUUGGAGCGCGCGCGAUUGCUGAGACACUCAAAGUGAACAAGACGGUGGUCGAGGUUAUUCUGAGCUGGAAUCAGACUGGCGAUGCUGGAGCGCAAGCGAUUGCUGAGGCACUCAAAGUGAACACGACACUGUUUUCCCUCAAUUUGAGCUCGACUCAGCUUGGCGAUGCUGGAGCGCGGGCGAUUGCUGAGACACUCAAAGUGAACACGACGCUGAAAUAUCUCUAUCUGAGUCGCAAUCAAAUUGGCGAUGCUGGAGCGCAGGCGAUCGCUGAGGCUGUCAAAGUGAACACGAACCUGAUUUGGAUCCGUCUGAAUACGAAUCGGAUUGGCGAUGCAGGAGCACAAGCGAUUGCAGCAGCACUCGGAGAGAACAAGACGACGACUGAGCUGCAUCUAGCGAGAAAUUGCAUUGGCAAAGUUGGCGUUCAAGCGCUUGAUGAGGCACGCAAAGUCAACGGCAUUCUGACUACACUUGACAUCUGGGACCAGAUAAACCCGCUUGCAUUCUCCUUGCUUCCACGAUUGGCAACCUCUGAAGACUGGCAGAGCGUGUUCCACCUGCUGACAGGCCGACACGAGAAGGAGAAUCAGCCCGCACUUCUCCCUGCACUACCAGCCGAGAUUGCCGAGCUCGUUAUGGACGAAGCGGAGUACUUGCAAGGCGUGCAGCACAUUCACCAAGCGUGGGCUAAGGACCAUUAUGUUGAUUUUCUGAAACUUACAAUGCCGAGAAGCAGCAAUGGAAAUUCAAUCCGAGUGAAAGCGAUUCAAGUCCUUCGUGAACAGUACGAAGCCAAAUCGGACCCUUUCGAACAGUACGAAGCCAAAUCGGGCCGUUUCGAUCUGAUUGUUCGAGACGAGCUAGGUGCUGUUCGAUACGAAUGGGCUGCAGAAGCGCCUGUCGUCGGUUCGAACAUUCAGCUGGUGACAAUUUCGCCAACAGACCAUCCUGUCAUCCGCCAAAUGCGCGCGGGUUGGGAGGUUGAAGUUCAAUUCGGUCAGUAUUACAGUUUUGUGCGACUUGCAUGGCUUUCUGUCGGGUAUAUCGAACGACAAGACUAG